CUUAGUUUAUAUUUAGUAUUUACCAUGAUUGGAAAUAGCAAGAGAUCUCGUGCGAAAAACUUCACCAUGGGGGAGGAAUUGAUACUGGAAUAUCUGAUCCUGCAGCACAAGGAUGUGAUCAGCACGCAGAAAAGCGGGGCGGACGUUUGGCGGCGAAAAAAAGACGCCUGGAAGCAGAUCGCCGCAGAUUUUGCAGUUCAAUCCGGAAUUGGUCGUCCAUGGCAGGCUUUACGUGAAAAACACAUAAAUUCGCAGCGGUUAAAGCGACUAAAGAUGCCAAUGAAACGGAAAACCACGGGCUGUCCAUUUCAGCAGUCUCAUCGAUCAGUGGAGCUGUUAAAUGUGAAGAAAGGUAGCACCGACUUCGAUCCAGAAUAUGAACACCAGAACACUUUAAGCAACACCUCCAGCGAACCUCAGUUCGAGCAGGACAACUCAAACCAUUCAAUUUCAAAAAUUAAUGUUAGAUCAGUCCAUGAACUAAGAAAAGAAGAGGCCUCAAACGACCUCAUAGAUGAAAAAUUGAAUUUACUAAAAGCCCAACAGGCUUACUAUCGAAAUCAGAACUCCAGGGCAGCCGAGCAGCACGAAGUUGAGAUGGAAUUGCAGAGAACCGAACUCGAACAGCGGAAGAUCGAGCUUGAGAGGUACAAACUGGAAUUGGAGAGGUAUCAGGUGGAGCUGCAGGGAACACGCCUGAAAAACCAACUGCUCGAAAUGGAGAUCCUGGAGCGACAAGGAAGGAUUAAGGAAAGCGAUGGGACUUCUUAAAUAGGUACUACAUAACUUUCUAAUAAGGUAGCUAAAUAACUAAACGUUG